AUGCCUCAAAACGAAUAUAUUGAACAACAUAUCAAACAACACGGUCGUAGAUUAGAUCACGAUGAACGUAAACGUAAGAGAGAAGCCAGAGAAGUCCAUAAGGUCUCCACUAAGGCUCAAACAUUGACUGGUUGGAAGGGUAAACAAUUUGCUAAGAAACGUUAUGCUGAAAAAGUGGCCAUGAGGAAGAAAAUCAAAGCUCAUGAACAGUCUAAAAUUAAGACUGGAUCUAAACCAUUGGAUGAAAAUGGUGAAGCUUUACCUACUUAUUUAUUGGAUAGAGAACAAACUAAUACUGCUAAGGCUAUCUCUUCUUCUAUUAAACAGAAAAGAUUGGAAAAGGCUGAUAAGUUUUCUGUGCCCUUACCAAAAGUUAGAGGUAUUAGUGAAGAAGAAAUGUUUAAAGUUGUCAAGACAGGUAAAUCUAAAACUAAAUCAUGGAAGAGAAUGAUUACGAAACAUACGUUUGUUGGGGAAGGUUUUACAAGAAGACCUGUGAAGAUGGAGAGAAUUAUUAGACCAAGUGCAUUGAGACAAAAAAAGGCAAAUGUUACCCAUCCUGAAUUGGGUGUCACAGUUUUCUUACCAAUAUUAAGUGUCAAGAAAAAUCCUCAAUCUCCAAUGUAUACCCAAUUAGGUGUUUUAACUAAGGGUACCAUUAUAGAAGUUAACGUUUCGGAAUUAGGGAUGGUUACUGCAGGUGGUAAAGUUGUCUGGGGUAAAUAUGCACAAAUUACCAACGAACCUGAUAGAGAUGGUUGUGUCAACGCUGUCCUUCUUGUGUAA